AAAAACAAAGUUGUAGUGUUUUAAAGUAAAAUAUUUAAAAUUGAAGCGCAGUGUUAAAAAAUUCCGGAAAUAAAUAUGAAAUAUGAUAUUGAAUCGUCCUGUUGCCGCGUUUGUUUAGAAGUAAAUAACAAACAACGCUCUGUACAUAUACCCAUCGAAGAAGGAGAUGAAAGUCCUAGCGAGAUGCUUCAACAGAUUACAGGCAUUGACUUUGAUGAGUCUGAUUAUGAUGAGAAUGUUCCGAAAUAUAUAUGUAAAAGCUGUGAACUUGGAUUGAACUUGGCUUUUCAAUUCCGUUUAAAGGCAUUAAGGGCACAAAAAUUAAUUGCAGAACACUGCAAUUAUAAACAAAAAGAACAUAGACUAGACUAUAGCCAUAAAAAUACAGAAGUCAAACAAGAAUUAGAAGCGGUUACUCAUAUAUAUUUAGAUAUUAGUUCACAAGAUGCGGAAGUAAGCACAAGUGAUGUAAAAAAGAGGGAAAACGAUCAUUCGCGUAUGUCACCAUCGACUGAAGUUAUUGAAUAUGAAAUUGUACCUGAGGAGUUUUAUGAUGAAAGUGAAUUAAAACUAGAGGAAAUCGAACUAUACGAGGAAGACAUACAAAUAGUUUCCGAUGAUGAGUCAACGUAUAUGUCAGUUAAUGAACCUAUAGAUAUCGAUACGGACAAGCAAAAUAAUGAAAGAUAUCUGGAAAACAAAAAUAUACCAAAGUAUACAAAAUUAUCUUCGAAGGAAAUACCAAAAACUAAAAAACUGAGAGAUCAGAAACAAGACAAUGAAGUAGCUGUAAGUAAAUUAACAAUAGAUAUAGAUGAUGAAGUAGAUCAUGGUGAAACAUUGGAAAGUAAAAAAAAAUAUUCCAAUGCAAAGCAACAAAAAAUGAACGUAUCCCAUAUAUGUGACAUAUGUGGUAACACUUACUCCAAACGUGGUCGUUUAAUGGAACAUCGAAAAUUACACAACAAAGAACUAAAAUACUUCUGCGAAUUGUGUUCAUUGGGAUUUUAUCAAAGAGAAAUGCUUCGUAAGCAUAUGUACUCACACAAAGGUGGCAAACCCUAUAAAUGUUCAUUUUGCAGUCGUACGUUUUUCUAUGAAAGUGUUAAGAAAUCGCAUGAAGACGUACAUAGAGGUCACAAACCAUACGUAUGUUCCUCGUGUAAUAAAGCAUUCGCUUAUGCGCAUACAUUGAAGAAACAUGAACUUAUACAUGCCGAAAUUAAAUUAUAUCGUUGCGAUUACUGCGAUAAAGAUUUCAGGCUGCAACAUCAUUUGAAACAACACGAGGAAACAAAAAUGCACCAGAAUGCGGUACUACAUGCAAAAACUUUAUAAUUUUAUGUCUGAUUAGAUCAUAUGUAAAGAAAAGUAUCGGUACGCUGUAUAAAAAUAACAAAGAUAAUUUAGUUUUAUAAUAUAUAUUAAUUCAAUUUUGCAUUUUAAUU